AUGUUGUGCUUCCGACACAUCUGCGCGUAUGUCAUCAUCGCCGCGACGACCUCAGAUGCACAGAGUGUGGUGGGCGAGUUGGACGAGUUUGAAGAUGCGUCGACGACUAUGCCACAAAGUGAAUGUCCUUACUGCAUACAAUUAGAUGGCAAAUGCUACUUUCCCGACCGGGGCGAGCCAACUUGGUGGGAGAACGAUCAUGAGAAAACCUGCAGCGACUGCUCGUUUUGUGCAAGCGAACAUGCCAAAGGCUGGAAGAAAGUCGAUCAUGACGAUUACCAUCACGAUUGGAUAUUUGCGAUGAAAGGCACCGGCUGCACCGUGAAGAAUUCCCUCGGAGAGGAGACACCAGACUGCUUAGAGUCCGUCCAAAAUCUGCAAUCGGGGAAAUAUGAACGAGGAUCGUCUUGCAGCGUUCUGCUCAAGAAGAAGAAGUACCUGACCUUCGAUUCCUUCCUCACAGAGCGGAGCUGGGACCAGCUCAAAGUACUCGACCUCAACGCAUCCGAUUUGCUUCACAGCUGGAGUGGGGAGGUGAAGCCAUCUGCCCGACUCUUUAAGAACUCCUGGACUAUCCAGUGGAAAGCAGACUUCUCCGUGGAGAAGACUGGCUGGAAGCUUUGCAGUGGCUGUCCUAUCGGCAGCCAUGAUGACUCGCACGGAGAGUGCAAAUGUUUGUCUGGCUUCGUCUGCAAGAAUCGGAGCCAAAGACAGUUGCCGAUCCCUGGAUGGGAUAUCAGCUGGAUCCGAAACUGCUCAGACAACAACUCAAAUGCAACCUUCACGCCGGACGCGAAGAGUAUCCAAUGCAUCAGCGAGAGAGAGGAGUUCACUGUUUAUGUUGCUGUCAUGCUGUCGGGCGCCUUUGAGGUGUCCGCGAUGCUCGUGCUUUCAGCGACAGCUUACCUUUUGCCUUUCUGCCUUGGGCUGUACCUCCUUGCAAUGGUGGUUUUCACAGUUGCAGCAAGCUGCAACGAUUUGGACACAAAGAGCUGGGAAGCAAAACUGCGCGGCUUCUUCGCUGACUUCUUUGUGGCAACAAACGAGUGUUGGUGCCGCCGGCGUGGCGCCAUCGUCUAUGCCUCGCUCCUGUCCGUGCUGAUGGCCUAUUGGACAUUUUGUUUCCCGGGAAGCCCGGUUUUCUUGUGGCCAUGGGGCAUCUUCUAUCUCACUUCCUUGGCAAUCUUCUUCUAUCACCGUCGUCUGGCGGUGGCUGCCGAGGAGGCCAAGCAGAUGCUCUCGUGUUGGAGCUGGCAAUGCUGCCUUUGCUGUCUAUGCUGCUGGAAUCCUUUGGGCUCCUGUCUGCCGCUGACAACCUCGGAGACCCUGGAGAAGGCCACUACUCGGACACACAUGCAGCGGCAACAGGAGAUGCAAGAGAUCCAAGAGCCCUUGAUGCCAUCGGCUACCGGCGACGCGGACAUCAGUUCCCCUUUGCACCGCCUACUUGCAAAGUCGAAGGAGGAUGUUGACAAGGAGCGUUUGCAGAUGCAGUUGUUCAAGCACCUGGUGGACAGGGCCCAGAAGUCCGAAGGCUUCGAAGAAGCGACUGCCAGUCGCCCCGGCACGACCAUGCUCUGGUUGGCUAACUGGACGGUGCAACAGCCCGGAGCGAACAUCGGCAGCUCCAAAAAAUUGCACGCAGCCUGUGCUGAGCUUCUCCCCAUUCUGUACUCCUUCCUGUGGUCGCUUGUCGUUGCAAGGAUCUGUCUCGAGCACCAAGACGGCUUCCUCCAAAUGCCGCUUCCGAGCGCGUUGGGGAAUUUCGCCCCGAUCCUCGCUGACUACGAGUUCGACCUUGGCAUUCUCCCCACUUGCCUGGCUGUGCACUUUGCUUGCAUUGCACUCAGCAGUCUCAUUCAGAGCAGGGCGUCCGCACAGCGCCUGCGCGAGUGGCUCUACACCUACGGACCUGUUGAGCAGUGGAAGGAGAUGUACCCGAAAGCGCAUGAGAUGUCCGAUGUCACCUACGCCUUGCAGGGCCAAGGCGAUGAUCCAGCACAGGCUGAUCCCAAGAGUGAUGGCGCAGAAGACAUCUGCGGCUUCAAAGUUUUCCGAGAAGAUGCAGCCCUCCCGAGCUCCAGAGAGGUUACCCUGAAGGUCGCAGCAGCGGCGGGCACUUUGCUGAGUCUGGGUGGAACGUUGUUCUAUUUCAGAUACAUCAGCUACGGCUUGCAGAAGGCCAGCGGGGACUGGCAGAUGAAGAGCACCUUUGCGGUGACAUACCCUGUCAUCUUCUACUUCCUUCUUUGGUUGCCUCUAGUCUGGCAUCGGCUUUUGAAUGGGCUUCUCUUUGCGGGAGAAUGUUCCCUACUGAAGCGUACUGCCAGUGUCUUCUUUGAGGAUGUCUCUGCUGGAAAGGAGACGAGGGGAGAUGUAAAGGCGCUGCUCGAGACACUGGGGUGGAAGGUUCAGGACAUCUUGUCCGACUGGAGGCUGCUCGUGAAGGUGGGCUUCGUCCUGGAUGGCUUCGCUCUUGUAACCGGCGGGAUGGCGAGCUACCGGCUGGUGAUCCACUACGAAGUGCACCAGUUUGUUCCUGUACUUGCUUGCAACUGCCUAACCAUCCUUUCCAUGGUUUGCCUGCAAGUGGUGCCCAUGGUGAAUUGGAAUGCCUUCCUCGAGGAGGCUGCGGGGAACGAGCAGAAUACCGACCCUGUGCUCUACAUGUGGCUGUCGCAAGGCUACCUCAAGAUGCAGGUCUUCGGCCUCACUCUGAGCCCGGCUUACUUCUUGGGCCUCGUCCUGUCGCUCGCUGCACUGGCAGAGCCCUACAUCUCGGAGGUUGUCACUCCCCCCCUGACAGAGAUGCUGACGCAGUGA